AUGGAAUCCCAGAUACAGUCUGUGAUAACAGACAACGGACCUCAGUUUUCGGCCACUGCAGAAUUUUCAGCAUUUGCAAGAGAUUGGCAGUUCAAGCAUCUAACUUCAAGCCCUGGUUACCAACAAUCUAAUGGCCGAGCAAAGAAUGCGAUCAAGACUUGCAAAAUGCUGAUGACAAAAGCCCAACUUGCUGGUCAAGACUCAUUCUUAGCAUUUUUAGAACGAAGAAACACCCCCACAGAAGGUCUGGGAUCAUUACCUGCCCAAAGGGUGAUGGGGCACGUAUGCGAACACUGUUACCGACUCACAAAAAUCUCGUUAAACCACCAAUCAACGAAGGCCACUAGGUAUAAACUGGCUGCCCGGAAACCACGACAAAUUCGCCAUUAUAACAAGAUGUAUCAUCCUCUUAAGCCAUUAAAAAAGGGUCAAGCUAUACGAAUGAAAUUACCAACAAAAUGGACAAACAAAAUGGACGCUUGGAAC